CAUGCACGCAUUGCUUACCAUGCAGACACUCCAGUGUCUCUACAGCCACAAGACAUAACCUGGAGAUCCCCGUUCCAAUCCAAUAAUUUGGCUUUUUUUCUUCUUCUCCAUUAAUCUUUGGUGAGGGUUUUAGGAGGUUUUCUGAAAUAUUCAAGUGGAGAAAAGGAGGAGGAGGAGGAUUAAUUUAUUGGAGAUGAAAAUUCAGUGUGAUGCGUGCGAGAAGGCUCCGGCGACGGUGAUUUGUUGUGCCGACGAGGCGGUGCUGUGUGCCAAAUGUGACGUGGAAGUACAUGCAGCGAAUAAGCUUGCAAGCAAGCACCAGAGGCUUCUCCUUGAGUGCCUCUCGAAGUCAAACAAACUCCCUACAUGUGAUAUAUGCCAAGACAAGGCAGCUUUUAUAUUCUGUGUCGAAGACAGAGCCCUCGUUUGUCAGGAUUGCGAUGAAUCGAUUCAUUCGGCAAAUAGCCGCUCUGCGAACCACCAGAGGUUCCUCGCCACUGGAAUCCGAGUGGCAUUGAGCACCGGCUGUUCUAAUGACACUGAACCGAGUAGCUUGGAGCCACCCAGUGGUCACAGCUCACACAAGAUCGUUUCGACAAAAAUUCCAACACCACAGGCUUCUGGUAUCUCAUCCCCUUGGGGUGUUGAUGACUUGCUGCAGUUAUCAGAAUUUGAAUCUUCCGACAAGCAGAAAGAGUUGUUUGAGUUUGGUGAACUUGAAUGGAUAGGCGACAUGGGUGUUUUCGGCGAAGAGCAGUUUCCUCAAAAAGCCAUGGCAGCAGUAGCUGAAGUUCCUAAGCUUCCGGUGUCACAGUCAACCAAUUUCACCUCGUAUAGUCCCGCCAAAUUGAACAAUUCGUACAAGAAGCCUAGGAUCGAAAUGUUGGAGGACGACGAUGAUCACUUCACCGUCCCUGAUCUUGGCUGAUUUUAGACAUGUAUCAACUUCAUGGUAUUAGUUGACAGGUUGAAUUAUAUACAUGUUCAUACUAAGUACCUACCUGUACGUAUUUAUGGAUUUAUAUAAGAACGUAUACAGCAUUUUCGGGAUUUACCGUUUUAUUUGAUACAUUAAAGCAUGUAAUGUCGCCUACUUGGUGAUAAGACAAUCCACAGGGACAUGCCUGUUAUUUUACUUCAUUUCUAUGCAAGGUGAAACUGUUGUGUACGUUGCAUUACUUGCCGGUAUUCCGGGCAAACUAAAGAAAUGAGUUCAGUUGCUCGAA